UUUCAGAGUGUUUCAACUUACAUUUCUCUCUCAAAUUUCUCUCUCUACACUCUGAGGCAAAGAAGAAAAGAGGAAGAUCUAUCCAUCUAUCCAUCAAUGGAGCCCCACAGCUCCACCAGCUCCUCCACCACCACCACUGCCAGCGGCGGCGUCCACCACCCGGUCACCCGAUCCGACCCGAACAGCCCGUACCCGACCACCUUCGUGCAGGCCGACACCUCCUCCUUCAAACAAGUCGUCCAAAUGCUUACCGGGUCGACCGACCCGACCCGAAGACCCGACCCAGCCCGCCACGCGAUCCCGCCCGUCAAAACCGGGUCCCGCAAGGACAAGUCCGGAUCCAAGCUCUACGAGCGCCGCAACAAGAGCUUCAAGAUCAGCCCACUGGGCCCGGGCAUCCGGCCGGGUCUGGCCAACGGAUCGCCCCGACCCGGAACCCCCGAGAUCCUCUCCCCAAGUAUCCUCGAUUUCCCGUCGUUGGCGCUCAGCCCGGUCACGCCGCUCAUACCCGACCCGUUUGACCGGGUCGGGCGACGCGGCGCCGGGCUGGAUACGGCGGCGGAGGACAAGGCGAUCGGUGAGAAGGGUUUUUAUUUGCACCCGUCGCCCGCGAAUACUCCAAGGGAUUCGGAGCCCCGGCUUCUGCCCCUGUUUCCGCUGACGUCACCGAGAGCUGCGGAAUCUUGAGUGAGUUUUUGUUUUAUUUUUGAUGAUUUGGAGAUUUAUGAGGGAAAUGUAAUGUUUUACUUUAUCAUUGGCGAUUCAAAAGCGGGGAAAAAAUAAUUUAAUAAAAAAAGGGAAAAAAUGAUUCCAACUUUGCUUGAA